UCGACACGUUGUGGUGGAGCAGAUGGAAGUGUUGCAGUGUAGAGGUUCAUUAUGCGUGUGGAAUAGCAACAAACCAGGGAGAGCUUAUUUGAUGGACAUGUAAUUGGGCAGGAUUUAAUAUUUGUUAUUCCCCCCCAAGUUAAAGUGUUAUUUUAUUCGUUUUAGUGAUGGUGAAGUGGUGCAGUUUGUUGUCGGAGGGCUGAUUUUCCUGCGGACAGGAAAAGCAAAAUGUGGCAGAGAACAUCCGACUUCUUCUUCCACCACUAGACUCGACAACAUGCUGCUCUACAUCCUUCGAGUGACCUUUCUACCCUUGACAAUGGAGUAGCUCUGUCUCUUCACUUUCUUCCCCUGCAUCCUGAAGAGUGGGUGCUCCUAGGAAGCCCCACACUCGCCAUGUGCGCCAUGCUAAGCAAUGGCCGAGAGGGGAAAUCCAUGUUCUCGAAGCUUCUUUUGCCAUUCAGGAGGCCGCGUCACGAGCGGGUGAUCUUGGCGCGCAGCGAGAGCGUACAGAACGAGCACGUCUUUAAAGUCACCAUUACUGAGACGACGGUGAUCGAGGCUGACUCAGGCGUGUGGAAUUCCAGGUCACUGGCGUACCUCGGCCUGUGGUACUUCUUCAGCUUUUGUACACUCUUUCUCAACAAGUACAUCCUGUCCCUGCUGGAGGGAGAACCAAGUGUACUGGGUGCUGUACAGAUGCUCUCCACCACUGUAAUUGGCUGCGUCAAGAUGUUUGUGCCUUGUUGCCUGUACCAGCACAAAUCUCGUGCGGAAUACCCCCCCAACUUUCUCAUGAUCAUGCUGUUCGUGGGAUUAAUGAGGUUCACCACUGUGGUGUUGGGGCUGGUUAGCCUGAAAAGCGUAGCCGUGUCGUUUGCUGAGACAGUCAAAAGCUCAGCACCCAUCUUCACUGUCAUAAUGUCCAGGCUGAUAUUAGGGGAAUACACAGGUUUUUGGGUGAACUUGUCUCUGUUCCCAGUAAUGGCCGGUCUGGCUCUCUGUACAGCCACUGAAAUCAGUUUCAACAUGUUGGGCUUCUCCGCUGCUCUCUCCACUAACAUCAUGGACUGCUUACAGAAUGUAUUUUCGAAAAAGCUGCUAAGUGGGGACAAAUAUAAAUUCAGCCCUCCAGAACUGCAGUUCUUCACUAGUACAGCUGCCGUGUUCAUGCUCAUUCCUGCCUGGGCCUUCCUUAUGGAUAUCCAUUUGUUUGGGAAAAGUGGGCGUAGCUUAAACCUGACCCAGGACAUCGUGGUGCUGCUGCUGUUUGACGGAAUCCUGUUUCAUCUCCAGAGCGUAACGGCCUACGCCCUCAUGGGACGCAUAUCACCGGUCACUUUCAGCGUGGCAAGCACAGUCAAGCAUGCUUUAUCCAUCUGGCUGAGCAUCAUCGUGUUCAGUAACCCAAUCACGCUGUUGUCUGCAUUGGGCACCGUAAUGGUGGUUGUGGGCGUUAUGCUGUACAACAAGGCCAAACAAGUGCAGAGAUGUACUCUGCAGGCUCUCGCCCAGUCAGCAGAUUUGGACCACAGACCCUUACUUCAAGAAUCCAUCAUGAAAGCAGCUGACUGAAUCAGAUGGGACUUGAAUCCGAUGAGGAUAGACGUUUUUCGUAUAUUUAUUUUACCAAGAGACGAAGAGAAGUAUUAUUCCAACUAUUUUUACAACACAUCCUCAUCGAGUACCCUUUAUGACGUACCCGAUACCUCACUUGAGUGGUCACUUGUAUAACUUGAGGUAGAGUGUCCAAUAAGGAACAGUUUUUGUUUUUUUUUAAUUGUCCAGAAGCAAAAUAUACUUUGGUGAUUUGUUCAAUUUCUUUUAAUCUCGGUAUAUGUGCACAGUCACGUUGCCGUCUUAAUUAGACGACUUGGUGAUUAGUUGGCAGGAUAGAUAGAUAGAUAGAUAGAUAGAUAGAUAGAUAGAUAGAUAGAUAGAUAGAUAGAUAGAUAGAUAGAUAUGAAUAUCUGUUGCUUCUGUACAUUUACAAACUUUGUUUUUUUGCUUGCACGUACACAAUCAAUACGAUCUAAUCAACAUCACAGGGGUUUAUAAAAUAGUGGAAACGUGGUUAGGGGAAUAUCAGCAAGGUUGUGUUGUAAAACUAGUACUGGAACCGAUUUCAGGUUUGGUGAGCGGCGAAAAGAGGAGCCGCCGUUUUUGCACCACCAUCCAGCUGUGACGUCUGAAAGUAGGGCUGGAGGUUCAACCCAAGAAACAAAUUGUUCCUUGGGUUGAUCGCGGAUACAAGCGGCUGAAAUUAGUUUCCUUCGCAGGGUGGCUGGGCGCUCCCUUAGAGAUAGGGUGAGAAGCACAGUCACUCGGGAGGACCUUGGAGUAGAGCCGCUGCUUCUCCACAUCGAGAGGAAUCAGCUGAGGUGGCUCGGGCAUCUCUUUCGGAUGCCUCCUGGACGCCUCCCUGGGGAGGUGUUCUAGGCAUGUCCCCCUGGGAGGAGGCCCCGGGGAAGACCUAGAACACGCUGGAAGGACUAUGUCUCUCGGUUGGCCUGGGAACGCCUCGGUGUUCUUCCCAAGGAGCUGGGAGAGGGAGGUUUGGGCUUCCAUGCUCAGACUGCUGCCUCCGCGACCCGGCCCCGGAUAAGCGGAAGAAGACGAGACGAGACAAAUUGUUCCAAAAUAUUCUUUGAGCGUGUCUGAAAUUCCUCUGCCUACUUUCUUGUCCAACUGUUGACCAGUGUCAGCCUUGUAGCACAAAUGCUAACAACAUGCUAAUAUUAAUGUAGCAUUGUCAAUGUAGCUUGGUAAAAAAUUUUUUUUUUAAGAUUUCAUAUUCUGACUUUUUUUUUUUUAAAGAUUCCUGAUUGUGACCACUAAUGAAUAAGGCAUUUAAAAGCAGAGAAUGAAAAGACAUUUCAGCCAAAGGGUACAUUUUUAUUAUGUCUUUUUGAAGCUGCAGAAAGUACGAAUAUAUUAUGGUUAUAACCAAGCCCUUAAAUUAAUAUUGACCAAAAACAAUGUCUAUUUAGGGGCCAAAUCAGUCCGGACCAUGACUGACCAGAAGUAGACCAAUAACAUUAUUAUGAGCCAAUGAAAGUCAGGCAAAACCAGCACAGUGAUGGACGACUCUGGUCAGUUUGUCGUCUUGUGAUUUUUUUUUUUUUUUCUUUUAAAUAAUAUUUGUUCAAAUAAAUUUGCUUCUUUCUAGAAAUAAAUGCUUGACUAUUAGGAAAAUGUGCCUGUUCAGACAAAACUAUUUAAAGCUUGAAAUUGGAGGAGGAGAGUCGAGAAAUCCAUUUCACUAAUAAAUGAUUGUCAGAGACGAUUUUUUCCUCAUUUCAGGAUUUAAUCAGGCACACAAUAUACCGUGAUUUAUUCAGGUAGCGAUGAGCAGCUAUGACCACUUUGUUGUGAAGUAGGAAGAUAUUAGUUUUUGUUUUUUAUUUUAAACCGUGAUCCUUUUUACACCAGCAUGCAACGGAGUGCAUCCUUGGGUGUUAAUGUAUGACCUGUUGAUACAUAUUGAUGUAUUGUUGCAUCCCUGUAUUCUUUUUUUUUUUCUGCUUGCAGAGAUAUUUGUUGUUUAGUUACUAACAGAGUUCUGUUUGUUAUACAGGGAUGUUGCACUGCAUCCAUGAGUAUUGAUGCCAGGCACUUUGAUGCAAAUAAAUGAAGGUAUACCUCUGAUUCUGAUUUGUUUUUAUGUGCAGAAAAGUCUGUCCUUUGGACCAUUUUAGUUUCGACUUCCCCGCCCCCCACUGGGCCAAAUGUGUUAUUACUUGCCGACAGAAUAUUAUUGACAGAACUGUGCUUCUUCGACUACUGAACUAAAGGCUGUUUUAAUAAUUAGUCAGUCGUCGAUUUGAGACUCAACUUAGGCCCUGUCCACACGGCAACGGAUUCAGGUGAAUCUGAUAAAAUUGUUUAUCGUUUCGGCCUGGCGUCCACACGGCACCGGCGUUUUGGGUGCCCCAAAACGAAAUCUUUUGAGAACGGGUUCCAGAGUGAAAAAAUCUGGCAACGGCGCCGUUGCGAAGUCGUCUGGAUGAGUAGAACGGAUUUGUUUAUGAUGACGUCACAACCACAUGACUGUCAGUGCUUCACGCCGGGUAGAAGUGUAACGAAUUCGAUGCGAGUUGUCAACAAAUCCUAUAACUUGGUUCAUGAAACACGCUUACAAAAUAUUUUCACUGUGAAUAUUUAUUGUGUAAUGGUGCAGAGAGAGAGUGUGAGAAUAGCCCUUAGGGCAGAGUCUUUAGUCCAAACACUGCGGAAGCAGUACCAAACCGCGCACCGCCCGUGCGCUUUCCAAAAACAAAAACAAUCCCGCCAGCAAACAUAGGGAAAAAAAAAAGGAGCGAUCUCACCUCUUCAGAUGUUGGUUUAAGUCCGACAAUACAUUCCUCAAAAAGGGCGUAGAAGAACAAAGUAAUCCAUCAACGUGUAGCAUUCAAUUUAUUCCGGACCAUUAAAGAAUUCUGGAGGAUCUCAGAAUGUUGGCGUACCGGCUUCCAUCUACCCCCGUUCAUUCCUCUCUCUCUCUCCAUCUACCCCCAUUCAUUCAAAACAAAAACAAUCCCGCCAGCAAACAUAGGGAAAAAAAAAAGGAGCGAUCUCACCUCUUCAGAUGUUGGUUUAAGUCCGACAAUACAUUCCUCAAAAAGGGCGUAGAAGAACAAAGUAAUCCAUCAACAUGUAGCAUUCAAUUUAUUCCGGACCAUUAAAGAAUUCUGGAGGAUCUCAGAAUGUUGGCGUACCGGCUUCCAUCUACCCCCGUUCAUUCCUCUCUCUCUCCAUCUACCCCCGUUCAUUCCUCUCUCUCUCCAUCUACCCCCGUUCAUUCCUCUUUCCGCGUCUUUCGUUUUACGCUACUGAUUAAUAAUCAAAACUUUAUGUGGCUAAUGCUACAGAAGAAGGGGUUUAUGCACAUGCGUCUACUACUUCUAUUGUUCUGGUGUCUCCGAUGGGACCGUCUUACAGUGCACGUAGAGGUGUGGCAUGUGUAUUGCAUCGUUUUCAGCGAGCGUUGCGUUGCCAUAUGAACCUGAUAUUUUACUGAUCCGUUGCCCAUGUGGACGCGAUAUUUAAAAAAAAAAAAAAUCUCGUUGCCGUUGUCGUGUGGAUGUAGCCUAAGAGCAUCGGGUUCUUGUAUUUUACUUGAUCUGUGUAGAAGUGAGUUGUAAAUGAAGCUUUGUGUUCUUAACCUGUGUGCUGACAUUUCAAUUUUUAAAAUUGCUCUCAUUAGCUGGACGUUUUUAAACUGUAAUUUAAUAUCUUUCCCUUACAAGUUAACAUAUCAAUAUGAUUUUCUUCAAAGUGGAAAGACCGAUUAUGGCCAUUUCUGUCUGUUUGUACAUGAUCGCCGAAUGAAGCUUACGUUUUAAUACUGACAAUGUAGUUUUGUCUGUACAAAUUGGUCUGACCUGUGUGUAAAUGUGCAAUCUGUGCAUUGAUGGUGUAUGGGUAUGAUUUUUGUAAUUUUAAAUUUAUAUUAAACGGAAUACAUCUUU